ACACACACACACACACACACUCAUUAUUAUGUUAUUGUUUUACAUUCCCGUUCAUUACGGAAAACGACGCCGUCGGUUUCACAACACAAUGUUCUCUUCCUCCUCAACAAAAAAAUGACACCAAAAAAAAAAAAGUAACGCGCUGCCGCAAACCGAGUGAGCGCCAGCUGGCUUCCUGUGGUCUCCGGGUUUUCCCUGAACUCGAACCCUCUUACUCAAUAUCUGUAGUCUUCUGGGUGGUUGGUCCACACCCAGCGCUCAGAGCCAGAGAGGAGAAGCCCGACAGGCCACGAGCUGUAGAGGAGCACCGGUCACCUUUUGGGAGUUAAAUCAGCUGAAGAAGGUCGUGUUGUCAGAUCCACGGCGGUUCGCGUUGCCACAGAGGCUUUCUGCUCCCGCGAUGGCGCCCAACGCCACCGCCUCGCCGCCGCCCUCCUCCUCCUCUAUGCCCCUCAGCAACCAGGUCGGCAUAGCCAUCCUGACCCUGGCCUUCGUGCUGGGCUUCCCCGGGAACCUGUUCGUGGCGUGGUCCGUGUACUGCCGGGUGAAGAAGCGCUCGGUGACCUGCCUGCUGGUGCUGAACCUGGCCUUGGCGGACGCCUCCGUGCUGCUCGGCGCCCCCCUGUUCCUGCGCUACCUGGCCGUGAGCCGCUGGGAGUUCGGCUCGGCGGCGUGCAAGCUGGUGCACUACCUGUCGGCGACCAACAUGUACGUGUCCAUUUACCUCAUCUGCCUGAUGAGCAUGGACCGCUGGCUGGCCGUGACCAGGCCCUUCCUGUCGCAGAGGAUGAGGACCAAGAACACCCUGCUGGUCCUGCUGCUGGUGGUCUGGGCGCUGGCCUUCGCCCUGGCGCUGCCGGCACCUUUCUACCGCAGCGUUCUGAGCAAGACGUCCCACAACGUGUCCGUGAGCUACUGCGUGCUGUACCACUGGGGCAGCGUGGGCCACCAGGUGUUCCAGUACCUGUUUGAGACCAUCACGGCCUGCCUGCUGCCCUUCAGCCUCAUCAACACCUGCUACUCCGGCGUCAUCUGCCGGCUGCAGAGCGCCAAGUUCCAGCGCCGCGGCCAAGGCAGCCGCCUCAUCGUGAUGAUCAUCUGCGCCUUCGCCAUCUUCUGGCUGCCCUAUCACAUCGUGAACAUCAUAGAGGUGGUGGGUUUGUUGCAAGGCAGCCAAUCGGUGCUCGCCGCCGCCCGCACGGCCCGCCCCAACGUCACGGCCUUCGCGUACUUCAGCAGCGCCGUCAACCCCAUCCUGUACGUGUUCGCCGGCAGCUCGCACAUCCGCCAGGCGGGCCUCAGCUUCAUGGGGAGGCUCUUCGAGGCCACCAACUCGGAGAGCCGGACCACGUCCACCUUCGCCCGCGGCGGCCUCGCCAGCCGCAGCGGAUCCUCGCCGGACGAGAGCUCCGUCCUGAACACGCUGUCCGUCAAGCUGGGGAGGCCGUUCAAAGGCAAGAGCGAGGAGCGCGGCGGCGGCGGCGUGGCGGGCCGAGAGGGCGACGAGCCCGAACUCAAGACUCUCACCGGAGUUCAGCAGAACGACUAAAAAGGGCUUUUCAUUCAACUCAUUAAUCAGACACACGCUCGCGGUCCCCAGAGGUUGGAUCAUGGUGACUUUGCCACCAGAGAGGCUCAAAGUCAUCACUUAUCCAAUGAAAUAAAAAAUGUUACUUAUUUUGUACCCACGUUCAUGUCCCGAGGGGUAAAUCCCACGGGUUCUGCUAGCACCAUGCGAGCUGCUAGCACCAUGCAAGCUGCUAGCACCAUGCGAGCUGCUAGCACCAUGCUAGCAUGCAAGCACCAUGCGAGCUGCUAGCACCAUGCGAGCUGCUAGCACCAUGCGAGCUGCUAGCACCAUGCGAGCUGCUAGCACCAUGCGAGCUGC